AUGUGGACACACUUUUGUCAACAAUGUAUUAAAAAAUGGCUUGAAAAUUCUUCAUUAUGUCCAACAUGUCGUCGUCAUGUAAAGAUUAGAGAUUAUAGACCAGUUCAGACACAAAUAUGUCCAAAACAAAUCAUUAAAUGUACAUCAUCGGAUCUUAAAUGUCAAUGGACUAGUGAAAGAGAUGAAUUCAAUCUUCAUUUACAAACAUGUUCUUUUACACAAAUUCGUCCAAUUAUUGAUCAAUUAUUAAAUCAAUUAGAAACACUACAAAAAAGUCAAAUUGAACAACGAAAUUUUAUUCAAGCAUUUAUUAAUAAUGGAUAUACAUUAUCUCGCAUUUGUACAGAAUGUUGUUGUUAUCUUAAAUUGCCACGUAUACUAGAUCAAUCAAAUGUUAUGACUUGUUCUCUAUGCAAUGAAAAGAUAGAAUCGGAACAAAUAGCUGUACAUUCAUGUCUUACUUUGAAUUGUAUAUGUAAAUCUUGCUUUGCUAAACAAACUCCAAAAAUAACACCGUCAAGUUACAAACGAAAAUUAUCAUUGUCGGAAGAAAUUAAUAAUAAUAGUGAUGAUAGCGAUGGUUUUAUCAGCGACUAG